GCAAGCCGUCAAGAUGUAAUCCUAAUAAGAGAUCAGUCGUGAGCUCUUAUGAGCUCACCGUGGAUUAGUCUCGAUCAAUCAAUCGAUCGAGGAUACCACGUAAAAUCGUUGUCUCGUAUGUUGUUUCAUCUUCCACAUCAUCAAAUUCUACAUGGUAUCAGAGCGAAACUCGAUCCUUUAUUAGGGUUUUGAGCUUCCUCAAGUCUCUGUCUUAGGUCUCUUCAUCUUCGUUAACCAGUCACGGUGUGCGAAGACUCCACCUCCAGCAACAAUGGAAACGAAGUUGCUUGUGGCAUUCGACGUCAUCAGACCGGCGUCCCUUUCGUUCGUUCAUCCAGCAGCAAGCGAGAGCCCGUAGCAGCUGACCAUGAGUUUUCUGUUUUGCGCCGUCUGCGCAGUACACGUCAAGGAACACUGCCCGAAUCCGCUUAUCUCUCUGCUGCUAGAUUGUCGUUCAUCUUCUCGUUGGCGUUAUCCCGCCUCCGGAGUUCAGUUCAUAGUGGUCAACAAGAAGGCCACGAUUAGGAUCUCAAUUUCGACGCCGAGCGUGUCUGUGUUUCCGUCAACAUCCAAACAAGGCUUGUUUUUCGGAUUCGUCAUCUCCGGCCAGCCGAAAAGAAGAGUCGUUGUCCUGUUCAGUAGCAGCGCUCUUGUCAUCAGCUCAUCGUCUUCAUCAAAGGUCCAUGAUUUAGUCCAUCAAUCAGCCGCUUGUCUUCAUCAAGGUCCCUUGGAAUUCAGAGUUGUGUGGUGUCUUCGUCAACUAAUUGGUUUGAUAAUCGGCCAGUCAAAGCAUUGUUGGCAGCAUGCAUCCUCAGUGCUUGGAGAUUCUCAUCUUAUAAGUUAUUCAUAUGGUUGUUGUGGGCAUUGGCCUUUGCUCAUGGACUCAUGUCAAGGUUCAUUGGUCUUGUUGUGGUGGUGGUGGUGUCUACACAAGGACGGAUUUCAAGUUAAUGCCAAAGCCAUUCCCAGUGCUUGCGUAGUCUGAUUCAUGGCAAUUGUUAGGUCUGUCUCUCUCUAAGUUCGUCUUUUUACUCAUCACAAUUGUUGUCCCAAGGAUUUCCCGUCGCAUCCACAACUAAAGGGUUAAUUGGUCCUGUGCUAUUUUUCGGAGCGACACUUUGAUCCUGGCAACCACUAGAAUGGCAGGGGAGUUUCGGUGGGAUACUUGCAUUAGGGAAGGAGACGUAAACUAAAAUAGAACAUCGAGAAGAUGUAUUCCGAAGUUUUGCAUCGCCGGCUAGUCAAAGUCUCCUCACCGCUGUGUCGGGAAGCCUCUUGGAACAAGUAUAAAAUUCAUAAGUCAAUUCUUGUAAAACUAUAACCCCCUGUGUCUUAAAUAUUCUUAGUACAACCCAAAACUAAUUGAAAAAUCAUACCAGGGGUCAUAAAAUUAAUUGAAAAAUUAUAAAGGAACAACCCAAAACCAUGAGUAAUCUGUCCACAUCAGCAUGACAUCAGUAUCAUCUCUCUCCUGGAAAAUCUUUUAUCUUUUCCCUUUCAAUCUUUAAUGGACGAUUUCUCUCUUGUUUUAACUUUUAAGUCGAAAUUUAAUUUUUUUUUGCACAGAUAGAUCAGAUCAAAAAUUUAUAGAUCCAAUAGAUUAUGAUGAACUCAUUCCUUCUGAGCAAACGUUUUCAAAAACGACUUAAAAACGAAGAAGUUACCAUAUGAUAUGUAGUUGGUAAAAAACAAUUUCUCGAAAUAUAUUGAAAAUUGAUCUCAUUUUGUAGAGCACAGCAAACUCGUUCCAUCUAUGCAAAAAAAAUUGAAAUCCGAGUUAGAACGAAGAAGAUAAGAGCCGAUUAAGAAAACUAGGAAAAAUAAAAUGCCUUUAAUUGACAACCCUUAGAUCUGAAUUUUUUGCACUCACUUAGAUCUAAAGGUCCAUUGGUUAAUAACCCUAUUCUAAGCCAUCUUUUGCCUUCCCUCUUUCUGACACUCUGCGGUCAUAUUUUUUACGAAAUAAAUAAUAUAUAGUUGUAUUUGUUGAGGGAUUAGUGUGUAUUUGUAUAUUAUACACGAUAAUGUUUCAUGUGCUUUAUGGUUUAGUUAGAUGAAAAAAAUAUCUUUAUAAGAAUGAUAUGGUUUUUUUUUAUAGUUAUAUAUUAUUGAAGAGAUUCAAAACUAAGACCUUUAGAUUUAAGAUUAGGGGUAUUACUACUACACCAAAUACUCAUUUACUAAUUUUGUAGAUUUGAAGGAAAAUUACUCAUGAGAUUUAUGUCUCGUAAUUUAUUAAGGUAACUGAGUUUAAAUUUUACAAUUCCUUAUUUGUUAAUGUUCCAAUUAUUAUCAUCAAAAUCUUGCGAGAAUUCAAACCCAGAACUUUAAAUUUUACACUAUCUUCGAAUUAUCUUUUACCGAAUUAAUUAAUUUCAAUAAUAGAGAUCUCUUUACUAAAUGAUUGAUUACAUGUCAUCUUAAAAUACUAUAGCAGAAACAAAAGAAAAAAUACUAUAGCAUAAAGAAGCGACAAUAUUCCAUUCAAAACAGUACGAUCCCUUCUUCCAGCCAAAAUCAGCUACCGGUGAUCACGGGGAAAGCCCGGAAUGGGAUUCUUAGUUUUAAAUUUUGGAUUUCACUCCAACCACAUUAAUUCAUCUGGGCCUUCAUGGUCCAACAAGAAAAAGUGUUGGUUCAGUUUAGACGACCAAUGAGGCCCAACGGAAUCUAUCAGCACCGGCCUGUUAUCCUUCCACUGCCUGAAGGAAGAGGUAGUCGCUACUCUGUGAAACCAGCCUGACGCGGUGCCCUCCACUCUAGGAGAACGGCCUCCUCAAGCCUUUCGACGAGGAAGCAGAACUCCAGCUCCAAGCUUGGAAUGGGAAGGCCAGGGUUCAGCUACACAAGGCCCAACCUCUUCAAUCAGCCCAAUAUCCCAACACCUUAAUGCUCCUACUUGGGUCACAAGCCCGCGUUACCAGGCUCAGCGACUGCCUAGGUUAGCGUGCUAAUUAAAUACAGCAUUUGCA